UCAGUUGGCUAGCGAACUUCCGAAACGUUGCCAGGAGCAGCUAACAAAGAUCAGGCCAAGUCAAGCAAGUGUUAAAAUUAUUUUGUGUUUGUGCUGCCAAGUAAAAGCAAAAACAAAAUGCUGGCCAGUGAAAAUUUUCCCACACAUCACUUCAAGGAAUCUAUAUUUAAGCCGUACAAUGGCGAUUUGGCCAAGACAUUGACAACAGCAACGAGCACGUCGUCAUCGAGUGAUGCAGUUGUGAUCGAGGAAGCUGCCGCAAUGGAUGCAGCACCAGCAACAGCAGCUAUUAUGUUAAGCAACAACAACAAUAAUAAUAUCAAGUGUAGUGCCAAUGGUUUAUCCAGCUUUGUGGCUAGUCAUCCAGCGGCAGAAUUUGAAGGCUUUAUACGCGCCUGCGUGGAUGAGAUCAUACAGCUGGCCGUUUUCCAGGGCACCAAUCGCUCCUCAAAGGUGGUUGAAUGGCAUGAGCCGGCCGAGCUGCGUCAGCUCUUUGACUUCGAACUGCGCGACAAGGGCGAAUCGCAAGACAAGCUACGUCAGCUAUUGCGCGAGACAAUACGCUUCUCGGUCAAGACGGGUCAUCCGUAUUUUAUCAAUCAGCUCUACUCGGGCGUUGAUCCCUAUGCGCUGGUGGGUCAGUGGCUAACCGAUGCGCUCAAUCCCAGCGUCUACACUUAUGAGGUGGCGCCUGUAUUCACCUUAAUGGAGGAACAGGUGCUUGCCGAAAUGCGUCGCAUUGUGGGCUUCCCAGACAAUGGACAUGGCGAUGGCAUCUUUUGCCCCGGCGGUUCAAUUGCCAAUGGUUAUGCAAUUAGCUGUGCGCGCUACAAAUACGCGCCCGAAUCCAAGAAAAACGGCUUGUUCAAUGCCAAACCCUUGAUUAUCUUCACCUCAGAGGAUGCACACUACUCCGUGGAGAAGCUGGCCAUGUUUAUGGGCUUUGGCAGUGAGCAUGUGCGCAAGAUAGCCACCAAUGAGCUGGGCAAGAUGCAGCUAAGCGAUUUGCAGGCACAAAUCCAACUUUGCUUGGACAACAACUGGCAGCCAUUGAUGGUGUCGGCUACAGCUGGCACAACAGUGCUGGGUGCCUUUGAUGACUUGGUGGGCAUUGCCGAGCUCUGUCGCAAGCAUAAUAUGUGGCUGCAUGUGGAUGCUGCUUGGGGCGGUGGUGCGCUAAUGUCCAAGAAAUAUAGACAUCUGCUCAAAGGCAUUGAAUGCGCUGAUUCAGUCACCUGGAAUCCACACAAGCUGUUGGCGGCCUCGCAGCAGUGCUCCACCUUCUUAACGCGCCAUGCGCAGAUUCUGAGCCAGUGUCACUCCACCAAUGCAGCCUAUCUCUUUCAGAAGGACAAGUUCUAUGAUACGAGCUUCGAUACUGGCGAUAAGCACAUACAGUGUGGACGACGCGCAGAUGUUUUCAAGUUCUGGUUUAUGUGGAAGGCUAAGGGCAGCCAGGGCUUUGCAGCACAUGUGGAGCAGGUCUUCAGCAUGGCCGAAUUCUUUACCAACAAGCUGCGUGAGCGUCCAGGCUUUGAGCUGGUGCUGCAGCAGCCAGAGUGCACAAAUAUUACAUUCUGGUAUGUGCCCACGAGCUUGAGGCAGCUGGAGCGCAAUCAGGAGUUCUAUGAUAGGCUGCAUAAGGUGGCGCCGAAGAUCAAGGAGGCUAUGAUUAAGAAGGGCUCCAUGAUGAUCACCUAUCAGCCGCUGCGUAAGCUGCCCAACUUUUUCCGCUUGGUGCUGCAGAACUCUUGCCUGGAGGAGUCGGAUAUGCUUUUCUUCAUCAAUGAGAUUGAAACGCUGGGCGAGCAGCUCUAAGUACAUUCUUAUCUGUAGGCUAAGCUUGUUGUAUAGACAAAAUGUGGUAUUGUAGCUGUUAUUUAGCAUUUUAAGUUGAAUUAUUACAAAUAAAAUACCUAAUUUAACUUUUAGGAAAAACAAA